UUAUUUAACCUUAAAGGUUUGACAACAGAAAUCCACAAAAACCAAAAGGACACUUCAGUGGAAAUUACAGCCUGUGAAGCUUACAGUCUGAUCAGAGAGCAGCAUGAAUUUAAACAACUUUGUGGUACUUCCCAGCAAGCCCAAGUCAAUGAAGUUAAAUGUCAGGAAUCUCCGAGAGUUGCGUAUGGAAACAGUGCAGCUGGAUCAACAUGCCAAGGAGAUGGAGAGCAGACUGGAGGAGCUCAGACAGCGGAUGAACCAGGAGAAAGAGGAGAGAGAGAAGAUGGGAGCAUCUCGUUGGCAUUCUGGACAACCUGGGGUUCUUGCCCCUUCAUUUCAGAACGUCAGGAUGAACAAGGAGAACAGACUCUCUCCAGGCAAGAUGAAGAUUAGAGUGCUGAAGGAUGAGCCUGUGCCAGCAGCACAGAAGCAGGUAAUGGCCGAACCAGUUGCCAAGGCGCAUGGUGUUAACAGGAAACUCAAACUGAAGGGAAAAGUCUGUGGACAGUGUGAAGUUCAGCUAGCCGGACUGAUGUGUGUUGAAUGUGGAGAGGAUUACUGUGCCGGCUGUUUUGUCCGAUUUCACCAGAAGGGGGCACUCAAACGCCAUCGAUUAGUUCCUGUACAGGCAGAGCUCCAGACUCCUGUCAGCACUCGGGAUGUGCUGGGCCGCCUCCAGCAACAGGUACACGGUGUGGAAAAUCAACUGGCACAAGGCGCAUCUCCCAAAUCCACAGAUGAAACAGAUGACGCAGAGGAAAGAUCAGCUACUGGGAGCCUUCAACCCAUGGCUGAGAACCAAAUUUACCGCACACAGCCCGAGGUGUUGUUCAUGAAUGACGGUGUUGACGUGGAGGAGGAUGAGGAGGAGGAAGAGGACGGCUCUCUGCUCAGAGGAAGCUUUGAUGAAGAGGAGUCAGCCAGGUCUUUCCAGGAAGCUCUGAAAGAGUGGAGAGAAAGAGGCCAGAGACCAGUGUCUGUGAUGGAAACGCAAACAGAGAAAAGAUCCCAGCAGCUAAUUCAUGUGGAGUUCAACGAGGACGCUUUGAGCUACAUGGAGAAACUGCUCCUGAAAAAACACCGCAGAGGACAAAUUGAAGAAUUUCAGCCUCGGUCUGUCAUCCAGUGCCGGUCAGAGCCACACUCACCCCUUACAACAGAGAUGGACGAACUGAAUCAAAAACUGACUGCAGAGCGCAUGGAGUUGCAUAAAUACUUGACCUCUCUCUUCACGAUCACUCCCGCCGAACAUGAUGGGAAAGCGGGCAGCCCUGCAAAAUCCUGUGUGAGCAUCGUACAGUUAGAUGAGGCGGAUGCAGACAGAUCUGUCGGAGUCUCGCAGAAAAAUGAGAGCAAAGUGUUUGUGGCUGUUGGGAAUGAAGAUUUGUCUGAGGGAGGAGAAUUUGGCUGUUCAGUUUCUACAACGUCGAUCUCUGAGAUGGCCAAAGGCUCUUUCUUUGAAAAUGUUUCUGACAUAAAAACCAGCUCUUUUUCUGAGAUGUGGCUGCCAUCACAAGAACCUGAACAGAAUUUAUCUUUAAUGCCAAAAUCUGAAAGCUUUUCACCGCUUCUUAUGUCGACAACCUCAGAACAAUUUCUGUCAAAUUCGCCAACAGGAGGCCAGAAAGUAAACCUCAAUAACUUUCCAAAAUCAAGCCCACGAACUUCUUCAACAGCACAACAGGAUGAAUGUUCAGAAAGUCUGCAAAAAUCAUCUCCUUUGUCCCUGAAAACCAAAUUAAAUCAAACAUUCAAAGACUCCGAGGACCAUAUUUCCAUGGUCAGCCCUUCUCUUGACAGAAUACCAUUUUCUAGAUCUUCUCAAUGUCUCUCUCCUGCAUUUCACAUUUCUAAACAAACGCCAAAACCUCCAGAUUUUCCAUCCCCAAGAUCAAGAUUAGUUGCCACUCCAAUUAAGCAUUCAAUAUCAAAACUAUCUCAAUCUUCUCCAGAACGUGCUGUUAAUUCACAAAACUCAGCAUGUCCUCCAUUGUGGCCUAGAGAAUCGUCACAGUCUGGUGUAAUAUCUGAUAGAAGCACACCUUCCACUUCUGUCCAUGACUCCAUCAGGUCUACACCAGUGAUGAAAUCUUCACGCACUGACGAACAUGAUUCCCCCUUGACUUCCAAAUGGUUAAAGGGUGCAAGGAAGUCACGCAAAACUCCACUACUCUCCCUGCAGCUGAACAUGUCAGAUUCAGAAGAGGAAAUGACAGAUGAAGAUGGUUGUCUGGUGCCCAGUGAGGAAGACUCAUCUGAUGAAGAACUAAGACGAAUAACAGAUAAAGAUGAACAGAAGAACGCUCUUCCCUCUCCGAGUCCCACCACAAUUGCUCAAGCAGAGCCUUUUUUCCUAUCUCCAAACCUCUUAAAGUCAGAGCCAAGACUGUUCACCGGAUCUUCUCAGGCUCUUCAUUCUCUAUCCCAGAGACAACACAUCAAACCGGGACAGUAUAAAGAUCUACAGGGGUUUUUCACAUUGGGCUUAGACCCUGGAGUUCUACAGACCAGCCCAAAACCAGCUCAAACCCGUAGAGAUCAGCAAAACCACAUGAAGAGUACUCUAGGACAGGAGUUCUGGAGAUCCAGUUUUCAGCAUCAUGUAGAGGAAUCACUAGUCACUGCAGUUCUGAACAGUCAACCUAUCAGCAGCACUCCUCGUCCAUUCACACCAAACCAUGGCAGAAUGUCAUCACAAAGACUUCAUUUAACAGGCCCUAUGAGCAGAGGUUCUUCCCUCUCUUUGGGUGACCCAAGGAUUGAGACCUGUCGUCCGUACUCCUCAGGCCGGCCCCUGUCUCGUGCGGCUCAGGAGAUUCUAGAGGUCCAGACUGUGGAGAAGCUCCAUCUCCAGGACUCUGAUGAGGAUGAGGAGGAUCUCCUGGCACUGGCCUGCCUUGAGGAAGAGUUCAGGAAGAUGAGCACUACGCCAUUAGAUCAGGGUGAGGUCAGACACAACCCUGAAGCUCAGAUUUAUCUGGACCGCAACCAUAAAAAUUAAGGAUUUUAAUUCAGAUUGUUACUUUUUAAAACAAUUAAAUUGACAAGAUAUUGAAGCUAGGUCCUUUCCUUAUGUUUUACUUUAUAUUGGGAAAAUGUCACUAAUUAGGGGUUGCAGUGUUGCUUUGUGCACAAAUAAAAUAUGUUAAAAGAGAGAAA